GCUCGAUCCCCACACUCCUCGCCCGCUCGCUCGCUCGACACCGGCCGGGGCUGACAGCGAGAUCGCCGCCGCAAACGGCCACCGGUUCUAGGUUCCCUGACUGAUCCUUGCUGAUCUCGCCGGCUCGGUUCCUGCCAGCGCCCUUCACUCUGGACUUCUCCCCGGCGGUGCCGCGCGGCGCGAUCACCGGCGUGCCGGCGUGGGUGGAUGCGGGCGCCCUUCCUGCCCCGGCGCUCCUCCUCUUCAAGGGAUCUCCGAUAGACAACGGCUGAUUGAGCACCUGCACCUUCAUCAGAAACAAGUAAUUCAAGAAGAAUUGGGGCGUGAAGAGUCUUGAUCCGAGAUGGCCAAGAUCGGCUGCUUCUGUGCUCUGCUCGGUGGCAAGGGCAAGAAAUUCAAGGACGUGAAGAAGGUUCCGCACGCCAAAAGGGCCAACGGAAGCGACUGGCAGAAGGUGAAGCCGGUGGAGUCCAUGGACGGCACGGUCGCCGCCUCCGUCGACAACAGCGCCCCUGCACCAGCAUGCCGCGACACAAAAGUUGUCGCAGUGACAGCCGCCGAGCUGCCAUGCCAAGGCCGUGACGACGACAAGGCCUCCCCAGCGAGGGACGUCGGCCUCGUCGGAGGCGCAGCCACGGACUCGUCCGGCUACAACAGCGACAAGGAUGCUGCCGGCACCGGCACACCGGACGUCGUGAGCGAGCUGCCGUUGCCGGCGACUCCAGCGAGGCUGGAGCGCUCGUGCUCCAACAUCGAGACGGCGAGGCCUGGCUGGAAGGCGUUCGACCUGCUGCUGCCGCCGGCCAAGUCGCGCUCCCACGGCGACCUCGCGACCUUGCCCGCCGGCGCCGGUAGCUUGUUCGCCAGCCCCAACGGCGGGCCGGGCGGCUCCAGCCCGGCGCCGUCCGUGAGGUCGACGUGCAGCGCGGACCGCGUGAUGCUCAAGAGGAGGUCGUCCAGCCAGGUGCUCCCGUCCCGGAGCCGGAAGCUGUGGUGGCGGCUGUUCAUGUGGAGCCACCGGAACCUGCACCGGCCGGGCGCCGCCACAUCGAGCACCUUGCCACCCGCGGACACACACCACCAAAUGUUCCACUCCCAUCGCCAGCAGCACGACGGGUACACGUCCGACACCUUCGGCACCGCGGCGGACGGCAACUGCAAGAACAAGGAGAUCGCCGCGGUGGAGGAAGAGCCGACGUGCCCGAACCAGUGGGUGGCGUUCUCGGCGGAGGUCUCGUCGUCGCUGGACCGCGUCAGCGCGUGGGUGAGCAGCCUCGGGGACAGCUCGCUGCUGAUCCACGCCGAGGAGCAGGAGGAGGAGGACGACGAGGAAGAGGAGUGGAACGGCAUCACCGAGACCGAGAUCGGCGAGCCGUCGGGUACGACGACGAAGGGCCACGCGCAGGCGCAGACGCGGCAGAAGCGGCGCAGCAGGGCGGCGGAGGAGGCGGUGCAGCAGGCGAGCAGCAUCGUGCAGACGCUCAACGCCUUCUCCUCGGUGGCGCACAUCUCCGGCAUGGGGCUCAAGGCCGUGCCCAUGAUCUCGGCCUUCUCCAGCCUCCGGGCGGUGAACCUCUCCGGCAACUUCAUCGCUCACAUCUCGGCCGGGUCGCUGCCCAAGGGGCUGCACUCGCUGGACCUGUCCCGGAACAGCAUCGCCAGCAUCGAGGGCCUCCGGGAGCUGACGCGGCUGCGCGUGCUCAGCCUCAGCUACAACCGGAUCGCGCGCAUCGGCCACGGCCUGUCGAGCUGCACGGCGCUGAGGGAGCUGUACCUGGCGGGGAACAAGAUCAGCGACGUGGAGGGGCUGCACCGGCUGCUCAAGCUGGCGGUGCUGGACCUGAGCUUCAACAGGGUCACCACCGCCAGGGGGCUCGGCCAGCUCGUCGCCAACUACAACUCGCUCCGGGCGCUCAACCUGCUGGGCAACCCCGUGCAGGCCAACGUCGGCGACGACGCGCUCCGCAAGGCCGUCUCCGGCCUCCUGCCGCUGCUCGCCUACCUCAACAAGCAGGCCCUCAGGCCGCAGCGCGCGCGCGAGGCCGCCAAGGACAGCGUCGCCAAGGCCGCGCUCGGGAACAACCUCUGGAGCUCGCGGCGGCGCGCGGGCUCCACGGCGCGCCGCCUCGGCCACAGCCCCGGCUCGUCGUCGGCCAGGAGGGAGGGGAGCGGCGGCCGGAGCAGGUCCCUGAGCGGGGUUCAGGCACGGAGGUGAGACGAUCGGGCAAGGAGCAGCUUCAGAUGCUACAAGAUAGAUGGCCUUGUCACGUUCAUCACCCUGGACUUGGAGGGCGUUGAGUUGAGACUCGAGUCAAGAUAGACUCUGCAAACGUUGUGAGACCGGGAAGGUGUACUGGGAAAACAAGUGUAGUUGUAUUCCUGAUGAGCCCAAAAUGAUUCAGGAAAGAGGAAAUGGCAUGCGGAUGCAGUCAGGAUUCAUGUAAGUCGCGAGAUCGACCUAGUUUGUAAAGUUAAGUAAAACGUUUGUAGAUUGUUUUUUUAGGUCUAAGCAUUGUUGUUUGAAAAUGUGGUCAUUGGCUCCUAGCUACUUCCAUUUCUCCAUUGCCGUUGAGGAGCUCAAUUUUACUCCCUCUGCAAAGAAAUAUAUAAGAGCAUUUAGAUCA